UGGCCGCAUCCAGCGUCGCCCCGCGAUUCGACGGACCUGUUUCGUAUUCGUAACCGUCGGUGGAAUUGGAACGAGAGUUGUUUAUGUGCUUAUGGUAGGAAGUACUCCGUUACUUGAUCGAGAAAGAAACAAUUAGUGCUCGAACGCUGUGUAUUUUUUUUAUUAUAUUUUUGUCUACGAUCUUUCUAUUGUGGUGCAUUAUUUAAGAAAAGAUCGCGUCUAUAUUCUAUAGGGCUGAAAUAUGCCGGAGGAACAGAAAUCCGCUGGUGGUCAACCAGAAGUAACGGCAGAAAAUGGAACCGGAACAAACUCACCAACGAAAAGUCCAGUUAGCAAAGGUAAAACAGCUCUUGCAAGAAUCACUUUACUGGAUGGAACUGCCAAAGAUUUUCACAUAGACAGGAAGGCGAAAGGUCAAGAAUUACUUGACAUGAUAUGCCAGAGUAUGAAUCUAAUGGAGAAAGAUUAUUUCGGUCUUAUUUACGAGGACAGACACGAUUCACGAAAUUGGUUAGAUCUGGAUAAAAGAAUCGCAAAAUUUGUAAAAAACGAACCAUGGAAAUUUAAUUUCGAAGUGAAGUUUUAUCCACCCGACCCAGCUCAAUUGCAAGAAGACAUAACUCGUUAUCAGCUAUGCCUUCAAAUUAGGAACGACAUUAUCACAGGACGAUUGCCGUGUUCCUUUGUGACUCAUGCUCUUCUAGGUUCAUAUUUAGUUCAAUCAGAAGUUGGAGAUUACGAUCCAGACGAGCAUGGCCGCACAUAUUUAAAGGAUUUCAAGUUUGCCCCGAAUCAGACUCCAGAAUUAGUAGAAAAAGUAAUGGAUCUGCAUAAAACACAUAAAGGACAAACACCUGCAGAGGCAGAGCUGCAUUAUCUCGAAAACGCAAAAAAAUUAGCAAUGUACGGGGUUGAUCUCCACCCUGCUAAAGAUUCUGAAGGCGUUGAUAUAAUGUUAGGCGUAUGUUCAUCGGGUCUUCUCGUCUACAGAGAUCGAUUGAGAAUUAAUAGGUUUGCUUGGCCAAAGAUACUAAAGAUCUCGUAUAAGAGGCAUAACUUUUACAUAAAAAUCAGGCCAGGUGAAUUUGAGCAGUUUGAGUCCACAAUUGGUUUUAAACUAGCAAAUCACAGAGCUGCGAAAAAGUUAUGGAAAGUAUGCGUGGAACACCAUACUUUCUUCAGGCUCAUGAGUCCUGAGCCUGUAAAGAAAGUGGGUUUAAUACCACAUUUGGGUUCUCGUUUCCGAUAUUCAGGAAGAACUCAUUACGAAACGAAGAAGACUCCUAUUGACAGACAACCUCCACAAUUUGAAAGAUCUUUAAGUGGUCGACGUCCUACAUCUCGUAGUAUGGAUGCGCUAGGAGGUCCUAAACAAGUUGAAUCUUAUGGUUCAGAACCAAGUAAGAGGCAUACAAUGAGCUAUGAACCUGAAAUGAUUCCUGACAUGGAGCACAUGGAUCAACGGCCUAGUCCCAUUAAAAAACAGAAAGAAAAGCUCACACGCAAAACAAGUGCUGGAACAACAUCAGCUAGCAGUACCAGUAGCCUGGAAGGAGAAUAUGAUGCAGAUCGUGGCAAAAAGAAACCGGUCGGAGGAAUUGCGGUCCUACCGCCCGGUGGUCUAUUUAAGAAGAAAAAGGAUAAACAAAACGAAAACGAAAAGGAAAAUCAUAAUGAUCUCAACAACUCUGAUUUAAUAAAUGAAAGUGCUAUUCUUGACAACAACGAUAUAAAGUCACCCAGUAAAAAAGAGUUGAAAAAGAAAGAUAAGGAAACACCAGAAAAAAGAGAUAAAGAAAAGAAAGAGAAAAUAAAGGAUAUACGGGAUACAACAAAAUCCAUCUCUUCAAAAGCGAAGAAAACUUUAACUUCAAGUACUACUCCAACAAUAGUAAAAACUACAACCAAACAAUCAGUAGUAAAGGAUCAAGAAGGUGUGACACAAAAUAUAGAAGAGAAAGUUGAAGAUCUUACACCUGGAGGCACAGGCCAAGUAACAGUUUCUACACAAAUUAAUAAGGCAGAGGCAUCAGAUGAUGGUAGAGCUCCAUACAUGACAGCAACUGCUGUUACUACACGCACUGCUACAAUGCAUGAGGAUCUUGAAAAAAAUCAGAAAACCAGUCAGGUAGAAGAAAAAACUGUAGCGCAUACAACAGCAACCAGUGCAACAAGACAAGAGCAGAGAGUAGUAACACAAGAAGUUCGAACAACAAGUCAUGUUUCUGGUGAACAGCUGUUCUCACGAAGGCUCAGUACAUCCAGUUCAAGCAGUGAUGAUUCAGGUACUCCAAUUGACCUUGAAGAUGAUCAACAGGCUUUCUACAAUCAAUAUUAUCAGGGUGAUCCAGCUGGUGUUGUUGAAACUGAAACACAUCUUUACAAAGGAGAACCAGAAAAUAAUGUAACGACAACUACCACAGUACCACUAGUAGCAACUGAAACUAGAAAGGUAGCUGUUGAAAGUGAAGAUGGAAUGUACAGUGCAACUGGAGAAAUAGUUAGUUCUCAAACAAUAUCCAGUAAAACUCGUACUGUUGAAACGAUAACGUAUAAAACUGAAAGAGAUGGAGUUGUGGAAACUCGUGUAGAGCAAAAAAUUACUAUACAGUCGGAUGGCGAUCCAAUCGAUCACGAUAGGGCUUUGGCAGAAGCAAUUCAAGAAGCAACAGCAAUGAACCCUGAUAUGACAGUAGAAAAAAUAGAAAUUCAACAGCAAACAGCGCAGUAAUUUGUAAUAGGUGAAAAAUCAUUUUUGUAAGAAAUAAAGGGCACUCUUUGUCUAGAUAACAAAAUGCUCGUGAUUCUAAAAAAAGACAAAAUAAAAAAGAUUAAAUUGAUAUGUAUUUUAACAAUACAUAGUAAAUGAUUUGACUGAGUUUUGCUAUUGUCAACAUUUACUUAAGUAUUUUACCAAAUAA